GGCGGCUCUCCCAAAAGUUGAACCUCGCCUUCUAGAAACAUCCGGCUAGGGCUGACGGCCAAGGUGCCCCGCGCCUCCAACCUCCUCUAGCGGCGGCGGGGCGCAUGGCCGGCGGCGAAGGGGCAGCCGCUGCGGGGGUGCCGACGCAGGCGGAGAUGGACCCCGGCCUCUCGCGCGGGGGCGGGUUGCCCAGCUUCGAGUUCGCGUUCAAUUCAGAGAACUUCUCCGACAGGGUGCUGCGGCUGGAGGUCGUCGCCAGCGACAGCGUCGCCGGAGGACCCCUCCCCGACUUGGCGUUACACCGCGAGGACCUCCGCCUCCACAAGGAGGAAGCAGAUGGCAAAAUUAUUGACUCUUCUUGUACCAUGGUGUCUGCGCCAGUUUUAAGAGUAAAGACCGUUUACAUCAAUUCGGUGGUUCUUGCUGCAAAUAGUCCAUUCUUUCGUAAGAUUUUCUCAAAUGGCAUGAAAGAGUCCGAUCAGAGGCAUAUAACACUCCAAGUUGCUGAUUCGGGAACGGAGGAAACUGUCAUUAUGGAGAUUUUGAGCUUUAUGUACACUGGAAAGCUGUCAACAACUGAGCCCAAUCUUCUGCUCGACAUCUUGAUGGCCGCUGAUAAAUUUGAGGUUCUUGCUUGCAUGAGGCAUUGUAACCAGUUACUCACAAACUUGCCUAUGACCAGAGAGUCUGCAUUGCUCUACCUAUAUUACCCGUGCUCCACUUCAGUGGCUGCUGAAAUUCGGCAUCUGACAAAUGCAGCCAAGGAAUUCCUCGCCAGCAAAUACAAGGUGUUGGCCAAGUUCUCUGAUGAACUGAUGGACAUGCCUCUUGCUGGGAUUGAAGCCAUCUUUUCUAGUACUGACCUACAAACAAGAUCUGAAGACACCGUAUAUAGCUUCUUGCUUGAGUGGGCGUGCAAGCAAUACCCAGAAACAGAGGAAAGGCACAAGAUAUGGAGUUCUAGUUUACUUCCGCUGGUGCGCUUCAGCCAUAUGACUUGGAGUAAACUCCAUGAAGUCCUGACAUGCGGUGAUGAUGGUGUAGACCGUGAGCAAACAAAGAAGCUUAUUACUGAUGCACUCUUGCACAAAGCUUACCCAGCACAUGAGCAAGGCACUACUGAAGCAGACACGACAAACUGUUGGCAAGUCCCACAGCGAGCUUACAGGCUUAAACCAAUCAAAGUGGUUGAAUUCGACCGGCCCUGCCCACAGGUCAUUGUUUACUUGGAUCUAACGCGCGAGGAGUGCUCCCGACUCUUCCCAGAAGGACACAUUUCCACGCACUUGUUCCAUCUUGCUGGACAGGAUUUUCGUCUCAUGGCAUACUGUGAAAUGGAUGAGCAGGACAAGGCAUACAGCUUUGGCCUCUUUAUAGCAACGGCUAAGAUGACAAGGGGGCCAACAUGUUUGACAGUUGACUUUGAAUUUGCUGCAAGGACAAGAUCAUCAGGAAAAUUCGUGACCAGGUGGGAGAACAAGUAUACCUUCGGCGGUGACUGGAUGCUCGGAUGCAGUGAUCUUUUUGAGGUUCCAUGGUCGACGUUCAUUGCCAACGACAACCUCUUCAUCGAUGACGUGCUGCAUCUGAGAGCUGACUUGAGGGCGUUGGUGGCGCCGCCAGGACUACAGGCUUGAUAAUAUCUCACUCAGCAAAGUUAGGUCGAUAGCUUCAAUGCCAUUUCAGAUAGUUUUAUUGGUUGGCUAGGCGCAGUGAAAAGUUCAUGCGUAUGCUGUUUUGUUUCGUCAUUUUGGUAUGUCUGCUGGAGAAGGAGGCCUGGCGUGAAAGUUGAAAAAGCCCGCACGCAAGACAUACACUUUUGGUCUGACUUACACAUCUUUUACCAAAACUUGAGUGCUCAUUCUUUUGUGUUCUAGAUAGAUUUGCCAUCGUCAGCUCGGUGUCCGACGAGGAAGCCGGCCGUGGUAGCCUAUGUACCGUGCUACACGAUUUAAUGUCGAGCAGCUUACCGGGUUGUGCAAAAAUAUAUGUUUCUGUAUGUAAUGUACCGAUGGAUGAAUAUGUUGGAUAAAUCGAAUGAUAAUCCUCAUUCAUGCA